AUGACGAAAUUAGCUAUCGUAAUGAUGAUUUUCACAAUUAUUGGAUUGGUUGCAGCACGGCCGCGACCUUAUCCAAUCACCUAUGGAAACGAAGUUCACGUCGUCGGAGAGGAAACCGAUAGUGUGCAUGUAGUGGAUGGAAAUGAAGGAGUGCACGUCGUAGACAACGACGAUCAAGUACACGUCGUCGACAAUGAAGACGAAGUUCACGUUGUUGAUUCACCUGCAGCAGGACCUCGCAAUAAUUAA